AUGUCCUGUUUCCCGCACUCAUCUAUCCGUCCCGCUAGGAGGGUGCUUGCGGCCAUGAUGCACCCCGAUGUGAAUGCAGCAGCCGGUGUGAACGCGCGGGGAAAGCUGAAGCAGAGACGCUCGAGAAAAGCCUGUCAGCAUUGCCACACGCGCAAGAUUCGCUGCAAUGUGCUCGAGAACGGGACGCCUUGUGCCAAUUGUGUCGAUGCUGGCACGACUUGCAUCAUCAGGCGGCGCAAAAACCAGAGGUGAGCACAAGACAAGGCGCGUGAAACUCUUCCGACGAGUCAGCGGCUGACUGGCAUUGCAACCAUCAAGACGAGAAUCAACUCCACCUGACCAGAGGCAAGCCGUUCUGGAUCGCACUCACAGCUUUCCGGUCUGGUCGAACGGCAAUGCCCAUCAGCGGCAACACCACCAGCAACAACAACAACACCACCACCAGCAACAACCACAACAACAACAAGAAGGGCAGCAGCCCCAGCCGCAAGUUCAACAUUCGCAAAGGUCCCUGGCGCCGAACGGAAUCUCAUCGGAGAACAAUGGCUUUGCGAACGGCGUGGAGAGUCAAUCACAGAGCUCCACGCCGCCCCUCUCCGCCGAUGGAUGCAACCUCUGGCCUGACCUGGGCAACGAAUUGAAUGCUUGGGAGCAGAAUAGUGUCGUAGAUGCCUCGUCGGCUAGUUGCGACUUCAGCCAUCUUACCGAUCUGGACGACAUCUUCACCUUCACCGGAAAUACCUUCCCCACCACUCUGCCGCAUUUCCAGAGUGAUUUCGGCUGGAAUCCAACCUAUGCGCAACAGAAUCAUCUGAGCCCGCCGCCAGUCUUGCCAGGUCCCGGUAUUAAUGAGAACGGCAAUCUGCCUCUUCGGCCCCCGUCGUCUCUCACUACCUCUGUUCACAUCCCUGGACUGAACCCAAGAGACCAUGAGUAUCUCAGAGGUGAAGGAUGCUUUGAUCUCCCUCCGGCUCAAGUGCUCAAGCAGAUGAUGCGGAUGUAUUUCAGAAUGAACCAUCCCAAUUUGCCUGUAAUUGCCGAGGAUCAGUUCUGGGCCCUAUGGAAUGGCGACGAAUUUCGCGUUGGCGAGUUUUCGUUUCUUCUUCUCCGAGCGAUGAUAUUCGCAGCGACUUGCUACACUGAGCUAGAGACGCUGCUCAGCAUUGGAUUCGUUAGCAAGCGGGAAGCCAGAAACACGUACUAUCGCCAUGCCAAGGUGAGCUCGCUCAGUCUCUUGACAUGUAGCGCCAGACUGACCUGCGACAGCUUCUUUUCGACUUCUCCAUCGAGCGCGACGCUGUAUGCAGUGCACAGGCGUGUUUACUGUUGUCGUACAAUUCUCCCAAGUACAAUAUUUUGCGGCUCAACACAUAUUGGGUCACAAAUGCAAUGCGCUUCGCGAGGAUUGCAAGGGCCAACUCGUACCACCGCGCUCGGGAUCCAGUCAAGUCCAAAUUACUCAAACGCCUCUGGUGGGGUGUAAUCUUCCGCGAUCGCAUCCUCUCGCUUGGGCUUCGGAGGUCUGUGCAGUUCGAACUGGACCCUUCUUGGGCGGAGGGCGAAAAGCACACACUCACGGCGGAAGAUUUCCAGUCGGAGCUCGGAAAUUCUCAGGUGCAUGACCCAGAGACCCAGCUUCGCAUAUUUGAAGUCAUUGCUGCGACGUGUCGGCUCAUGCGAUGCAUUUCUCACGCAAACCGGAUCAUGUACACCCAUGAACACCUGGACGAUCGGCUAGAGGCAGUAUCAAAGUCAGUCCCCGGGACCAUUGCUGACAUCAAACGCUGCUUGGAGUCACUCCGCCAGUGGCACGACCAAAGCAUCCGACUCUUCCCCUUUCCAAUUAGCUUGGAUGAUGCGCAUGAAACGAUUUGCGUCUACGCAAACCUGAUGUUCUCGUAUCACGUAUCAGCGGUAUUCGGGCUCAACACCUAUCUCAUCCUCCUCCGCGAAGUCUUCCCGUCAGCCAGAUCUCUCUUCUCGUUGGAAGAAUCGAAAGAAGCCCUUGAAGCUGCCAACAACGACGUGUCUCGCCGCACCCAGGAGCUGGUACAGGUCAGGCUGGUCAAGUUUCUGCCGAUUUCUGCCUCGGCGAUCCUCGCCCUUCCGCUUGUUCUCCAGGCCAUCAAUGUCGCUGCGGCUCGUGGCUCGGGCAUGGAAGCCGUGGAGAUCCGCCGUCUGGAUGUGUUCACUAGGACCCUCAAGUCACAGCAACAAUCAUUUGAUGGCUCGGACUUCUGCUCAGAUGUGCUUGCCAACAUCGUGGCCUACGCUCAGGACGACACCAAACUCGUCAGCUCCAUGACCUCGUGGCGCGAUGGCACGGGCAAGGAUGUCAAUUCGAAUGCAGUCAACGGAGGGAACCUCCAGGCGAGUGCACAAGGCGGCCAGAAUAAGAUCAAAUUGGACUGGGGAAACCUGGUGUAUAAGCGUCCGAGAUUGUUCUUGAGGUUGGUGUUGUAUUUGGACCAGGCAUUUAGUCGAGGUGGCCCGCCACAGGACGAGGACUUCCCACCGGAGCUGCAGAGGGCGUCUGUUUGA